UCGAGGGCUGCGACUUGGCUGCAUUGCGAUUGAUCGGAUUAUCGCUUCCAGCUUAGGAGCUGCCGCUUUUCGAUUUAUCGGGCUCGCCCGAUGAAAGAUGCCGCUGGAUACGCCGUUACCACUGCCACCGCCACCCCCUCCACCGUCGUCGCCGACCGGGGGUCGGGCGUCGGUCCAGCUUAGGAGGCCGAUGGGGACGUGGCGCCGAGGGUACGCGCGGAGGAUCGUGCGUGGCGGUCGUGCCUCUGCCUGAAGGAUGGCCAAGCACGCGGGCAAGGUUGCCCUGGCGACGAGGGAAAGCCGCUGCGAGCUGAGCUUUUGCGCGAUGCCCCUACCGAGCAUCCUCAAGAAGGCCAGCAGCUACAUACUCGGCGAGAGCUGCGGGGACAGCCUCCGCGGCAUGUACCAGGACGGCGAGACGAUCUUCUGUAAGAACAACGUCUGCGUUCAUCCGCCGACGCUUAUUCGCCAGCACUGCGACGUGGUCCAUCAUCCAGGAUACAUGACGGUGUGCUGCAAGCUCGACAAGACGACGGCGACGACAACUUUACACCUCAGCUGGAUACCCAACACCACGCUGCGCAAGUACCCCGGCACCCUCGAGAACGCCACGGCCAAGAGACUUGACGUCGCCAAGGAGGCCGAGGAGCCCCAAGUCGAGGAGCCAGGUAAGACGCGGUUGCCGGAACGGCUGGACGUGUGCCAGGAAGCGCGGGAGUCCGUCACCUGCGGAGACUGCGAGCGCGUCUGCUCGGGAGGCAGGAGGCAGCAGAUAUCAACGAGGUCGGACUCCGUGGACUCGAGGCUAGAGGAGGAUGGGUCGACGAACGCCUCGUGCAAAAGCCGCAGCAUGUCGCUCGCCUCGACGAGCAGCCUCUCGAUCGUCGCGAGCAGCGAUGAGGAGAUCCCCACGUGGAUGAGGACCCCGGAGCUGCUCGCCUUGCAGCAUAACCUCGCGUUCCCGGAGAGUGCGACGGCCUCGCCAGUGGCGGUGCGCCGCGCCCACCGGUGCCGCCGCUUCUCCGUCGACCUCGGCCAGAUGCGAUCGCUGAGGCUCUUCUUCGCCGACCCGGAGUGCACCUCGGGCCAACUCGUGGUCGCCAGCCGCGAGAGCCAGUACAAGAUACUGCACUUUCACCAUGGGGGCCUCGACAGGCUCGCAGCAACCCUGCACCAGUGGCACCAGCUGCUCAACCCCAACCUGAGCCUCGACGCCGAGGAGAGUCUGCCCUACAGGCACUUCAUGGUUUGUCGACCGGAGGUGAGCCGAGACGAGUUGCACCCGGAAGAGGGUCAAGUGCCCAUGGUCACGUCGCUAGCUUGGAAAGAUUUGCUUAACGAGCGCGGCCAGGUUGAGGACGACCUCGUGCUUCGCAAGGGCAUCUUCUUCGGGGGUCUCGAGCCAGCGUUACGCAAGAUCGUCUGGCCGUUCCUUCUGCACUGCUACUCGUAUCAGAGCACCUACGACGACCGGGAGCAGAUCGACGAGAUCAGACGUCAGGAGUACGAGGAGAUUCGGAAACGUAGAGCGACCAUGAAUCCGGAGGAGGCCGACAAGUUCUGGCGCAACGUCGUCUGCAUCGUCGAGAAGGACGUCGUGAGGACGGAUCGAGCCAAUCCUUAUUACGCAGGCGAGAACAAUCCCAACAUCGAGAUCAUGAAGAACAUUUUGCUGAACUACGCGGUGUACAAUUCGCGACUGGGCUACACCCAGGGUAUGUCGGAUCUGCUGUCGCCCCUCCUCGCCGAGCUUAACGACGAGCAGGACGCGUUCUGGUGCUUCGCCGGCCUCAUGCAGAGAUCCGUGGCCGUGUGCACGCCUACGGACGUCGAUAUGGACAGGAACCUCUGCUACCUGAGGGAGCUCCUCCGGCUCAUGGUGCCCAGCUUCUAUGCCCACCUCGAGAAGUACGACGACGCCCGGGAGCUGCUGUUCUGCCACCGCUGGAUACUUCUCUGCCUGAAGCGCGAGUUCCCGAUGGAGGUGGCCCUCACCAUGUGGGAGUCAUGCUGGGUGAACUACCUUACCGACCACUUCCAUCUCUUCCUCUGCCUCGCGAUAAUGUGCGUCUACGCGGACGACGUGGUCGCGCAGGACCUGCGCACCGACGAGAUGCUGCUGCACUUCAGUUCGCUUGCGAUGUACAUGGACGGGACGGUGAUAGUGCGGAAGGCCCGUGGUCUCCUACACCACUUCCGACUCCUCGACAGGCUACCCUGCACCCUGGCCGGCCUCUGCAGGCAAUGCGGCCCCGGCAUGUGGGACAGUAGCCACGACCCCGUAAUCGAGUGCAUCGGUCACGGGGAUAAGCAGUGCCCGCACUCCGAGACGUAUUCGCGCUCCAAUAUCGGCUGACUCGGGGAAGCCUGACGAACGGGACUCCUUUACGACCGAAUCUCCUUGGCUGACGUUUGCCGUUACCUGUACGCGAAUUCAAUUAAAUGCGUC